AUGUUUCUCCCCAUCAAUGCUGGAGUGUCCAACCCUUUUGGGUCUACAACCCCUCAACCCCUAGACGAGUCAACCCGCACCCUCUGGAACCGCGCCAUACGCGAUCCCUCCUCCCUAACAGAUCAAGAAAUCCGACUCAUCCUCCACCGCCCCCCACCAGGUCAAGAAAACACCCUCUGUCAAAAUGCCUGCGGCCUGUCCAUGGACGAACUAGUCACCAAAGCCCUCAACAGCAACAUCAACAACAACAACAACAACAAUAACAACGAUGUCAUCCCCCUUAGCACCCUCGGCCUGAGCCGCAAAGAAGCCAGUCUCCUAACGGCCGGUGUAGUCGAGGGAGAAUCAGGCCGAAUCCUGUCCGAGGUGGCAUGCCUUAGCCCUGAAGAUCGGGACCUGAGGGAACGAGCUAUGCGUGCGGCGAGGUCGGUCGAUGUCCGGGCUGCUGCUGCUAGGGAAGUGGCGCAGAGUGUUCAGCAGCGAUGGGCAGCAGUGACGCUGGCGGCGGCUGAAGCGCUGAACGAUGAUGAUAUUAGGAAUAUUCGGGUUGCGAUGAAGGUUCCUUGGCAGGAGCACGUACUGCAAACUAGUUCUACUUCAGCGAGUGAUUCUGCUUCUGGGUCUGGCCUUGGUGAAUCUGAAUCGGGAGCUCGCUUUGGUCUCGUGGUAUUCUACCCGAAAGAAGAAGAUGAGCAAAAAGGAGGAGGUCGUCUUGCGGAGUAUAAAUUCCAGAUCGGAACGGCUCUUCACCAUGCACUACACUUUUCAGCGACGCUAAUCAAGGACGAGACGAGAGACCGAUUCACAUUGCGCUGGGUGUCUGUUCCAGGUAACAGUAAUAACAACUUGGACUCAAGUGCACUACGGAGCAGGUUCAGCACCAUGCUUUCAAAUAAUGAGAUCCCUGUUGGCUUUCGACGCGACGCCUUUCUCUACGUGGAUGAGGAGGCGCUCCACUCGCGUGAAUCGACAAGGCCGUAUGUCUGGCUAGCUGAGCCUGAAGCUCCGUCAGAGUCAAAGACAGAGCCAGAGCCACAGCCGGGAACCGGGACUGGAGCUCAACCCAAGUCUUCGCAGCCCCUAAAAGUCGAUAUCAAGCAUAUCGCCCCGACAUUGUUUGCGCGGCUAGUCCAGCGCGAUCUCCACGGCGAGGCAAGACGGAAGCCCUAUCGGCAUACCUCGGAGCUGAGCAGGUUGCAUGCGGCCACUGAUGCAAGACUUGCAGAUGAAAGAGAUGGGAUCUGGCCGCCACCUGCUCGAUACCAGUGA